GUUUUCCGCGACGCUCGUUGCCUUGAUUUCAUCGUCUUCCGAGGAAGCGGCCGCCAUUCCCCUUUCCACUUCACUCAUUUACUCUCUCUCUCUCUCUUCCUCUGUUCUCCGCCAUGAGUGCGAGAGACUUGGUUCUACUCUCGGUCUCCGUUACCAUCGGAGCCGUGGCCUCCUUCGUUGCCUGCAGGUUCGUCUCCUCCCGCUGCAACGAUGACGAUGAGAAGCUGACGGCGGUCUAUCCUCCCCUUCCCGACGUCAAUCGAUCGUCUGACGGCGUCUUGCCUCGGAAUCCCUUCGAUACUUCCAAGCGCGAAGGGUACAUUAGCUGGGAUGAUUAUUUCAUGGCGAUUGCUUUUCUAUCUGCUCAACGUUCCAAAGAUCCCAACAGGCAGGUCGGAGCAUGCCUGGUUAGUCAAGAUGAUAUAAUCCUUGGAAUUGGCUACAAUGGAUUUCCAAGACGAUGUUCUGAUGACAAGCUUCCUUGGGCAAAGAAAUCUAAAACCGGUGAUCCACUGGAGACGAAGUACCUUUAUGUUGUUCAUGCUGAAGUAAAUGCUAUUUUAAAUACAAACCAUGCAUCUGCUGAGGGACAGAAAUUGUAUGUUACAAUGUUCCCUUGCAAUGAAUGCGCGAAAAUUAUUAUACAGUCUGGGGUUUCUGAAGUCAUCUAUUAUACUGACAAAAGAGUCGGCAAUUCCGAUGCAGCAUAUAUUGCCUCGAACAAGUUGCUAGCUUUGGCUGGUGUUAAGUUGAGGAAGCACCAACCACAAAUGACACAGAUUUUAGUUGAGUUUCAGGAACCUUAGAUGAGAUGAACUAUAAAAUGCUUCAACUCGCCCUUUAGUUUCAUUCUACAAACUCAGGUGGGCGUGUAUCUUUGCAUUUCACAUUGGAUACUGUGUGUUCCUUAACUUGUAUUAUUAAUCUACAGAAUAUAGAGUGAUUGUAGCUACCUAUUAUGUAACCUUAAUACUAAAUUUCUAAAUUUGAUAUUCUUGGUUCCCGUA